ACUGUUAACUGACUUUCUGAAAGAGAAGCUGUAGUUUCCAUUCUGCAUCCAACCGCUGUUAAGAAAAUGAAGCAUUCUAAGAAAUGUGGAGAUUCUGAGAGCAUCGCCUAUAGUAACUUUGAUAUGAUUGAAGUGAAUGACAGCACCUACCUGGACAAGGCAGACCAAACACAAGGUAUCAGAGCAGGAGGCAGACGCUCCAGACUGGCUGCAGUGUGUUUGGGGCUGCUGUGUGUUCUUCUGCUGAUCACCAUCAUUGUGAUCUGUGUGCGCAGCGUUAGAGAAAAAGAAGCUAUGGACCAAACCAUCUCCUCUCUGAGUGAAAACUGCACUGCAGAGAGAGAGACCCUCUUAUCCAGCAUCACAACCCUGACUGAAGAAAGGGAUCAGCUAAAGAACAGCUACAAGGACCUGAGUGAAGAAAAAGAUCAGCUAAAGAAGAGCAACAAGGACCUGACUGAAGAAAGAGAUCAGCUAACAAAGAGCAACAAGGACCUGAGUGAAGAAAGAGAUCAGCUAACAAAGAGCAACAAGGACCUGAGUGAAGAAAGAGAUCAGCUAACAAAGAGCAACAAGGACCUGAGUGAAGAAAGAGAUCAGCUAAAGAUCAGCAACAAGGACCUGACUGAAGAAAGAGAUCAGCUAAAGAACAGCAACAAGGACCUGACUGAAGAAAGAGAUCAGCUAAAGAACAGCAACAAGGACCUGACUGAAGAAAGAGAUCAGCUAAAGAACAGCAACAAGGACCUGACUGAAGAAAGAGAUCAGCUAAAGAACAGCAACAAGGACCUGACUGAAGAAAGAGAUCAGCUAAAGAACAGCAACAAGGACCUGACUGAAGAAAGAGAUCAGCUAAAGAACAGCAACAAGGACCUGACUGAAGAAAGAGAUCAGCUAAAGAACAGCAACAAGAACCUGACUGAAGAAAGAGAUCAGCUAAAGAACAGCAACAAGGACCUGACUGAAGAAAGAGAUCAGCUAAAGAACAGCAACAAGGACCUGACUGAAGAAAGAGAUCAGCUAAAGAACAGCAACAAGAACCUGACUGAAGAAAGAGAUCAGCUAAAGAACAGCAACAAGAACCUGACUGAAGAAAGAGAUCAGCUAAAGAACAGUUGCCAAAACCUGAUUGAGCAGAAAAAAAAAGACCAGCAGAAAAAUCCUAUACACAUUUUAAAUGAUCUGGCAUCCUGGAAGAAGUUUGGAAGCAGUCACUACUACAUCUCUACUGAGGCGAAGACUUGGGAUAAGGCCAGGCAGAACUGCAGAGAGAGAGGAGCAGACCUGGUGAUCAUAAACAGCAGAGAGGAACAGGAGUUCAUUAAGAGGGAAAAUAAAUACGUCUGGAUUGGUCUGACUGACGCAGAAGAAGAAGGAGUGUGGAAGUGGGUGGAUGGAUCACCACUGACCACCAGAUUCUGGAAUACUGGUGAACCUAACAAUUAUGCUAAAGGAGAGGACUGCGCUGUUUUCAAAGAUGGCACUUCUACACUGCAGACCUGGAAUGACUUGCCUUGCUGCUAUGAGAAUCUCUGGAUCUGUGAAGCUACACUUCCAUCCUCCUAA